GGGAGGAAGAGGGAGGAAGGACAUGUUCCUUCGUGUACACAGCUAAUGAAGAGAGAGAGAGAAACUGUCCAGGACUUACUUCCGUAGCUGAAGAAAGGAAAAAGGGGAGUCUUUUCAGCACUUUCCCCUUAAGUCUCGUCCUACCCUUGUGCUCUGGAGGAGUCAAUCCAGAGCCAAGAGAAAAUGAGCUUAACCUGGCGCAAAGGUUUUUACAGGCAAGACGUAAACAAAACCGUCUGGGAGCUGCCCAGAAGAUAUACUUCCCUCCAUCCAGUGGGAUCUGGGGCGUAUGGCUCUGUCUGUUCGGCCAUAGAUAAGAAGACAGGGGAGAAAGUGGCCAUCAAGAAGCUGUGCCGACCAUUCCAGUCAGAGAUCUUUGCCAAGAGAUCGUACAGGGAGCUGAUGCUGCUGAAGCACAUGCAACAUGAGAAUGUCAUUGGCUUGCUAGAUGUCUUCACCUCGGCCACCUCCUUCUCCGCAUUCCAGGACUUCUACCUGGUGAUGCCAUACAUGCGGACAGAUUUACAAAAGAUCAUGGGGCAUGAGUUCAGUGAUGAAAAGAUCCAGUACCUCGUCUACCAAAUGCUGAAAGGGUUAAAGUACAUUCAUUCUGCUGGAAUCAUUCACCGGGACCUGAAGCCAGGCAAUCUGGCUGUGAAUGAAGACUGCGAACUAAAGAUCCUGGACUUUGGCUUGGCGAGACAAACGGACGCUGAGAUGACUGGCUAUGUUGUGACGCGCUGGUACAGAGCCCCAGAAGUCAUUCUGAACUGGAUGCAUUACAACCAAACUGUGGACAUCUGGUCUGUUGGCUGCAUCAUGGCAGAAAUGCUGACUGGGAAAACCUUGUUUAAAGGAAAGGACUAUCUAGAUCAGCUGACCCAGAUCUUGAAAAUAACCGGACUCCCAGGAGAGGAGUUUGUGCAGAAACUGGAGGACAAAGCGGCUAAGAAGUAUAUCCAGUCCCUUCCCAAGAUUCCCAAAAUGGAUUUAUCUGUGCUUUUCCCCAAAGCCAACCCUCUGGCUGUGGACUUGCUCGACAAGAUGCUGCAGCUGGACGUGGAAAAGCGUCUCACAGCCACAGACGCUCUGGCCCACCCAUACUUCGACCAAUUCCGAGACAUUGAGGAAGAAACUGAGGCCCAGCAGUCCUAUGACGAUUCCUUGGAUCAUGAGAAGCUUUCCAUAGAUGAGUGGAGACGGCACACUUACAAUGAGAUUCAGGCCUUCAGUCCGAUUGUCCGGAAGGACUCCAAGAGGCGCAGCGGUAUGUCAUUGUAGUGGCUGGGCUGGCCAAGGUAGGGGCUCACUCCCCAUGCUGCAUCACAAAAGAGGAUGCCUCGCAGGAUUCAGACCACACCAAGACUAGAGAUUGAUCAACGCGGGUGUGUGGAACUCCUGUGGGUGUGAGAGGAACACAAGGAUGGAUACACAAGGGGGUUGGACUUUGUCCUGUGUGAGGAAACGGCACUAGAAACCGCUAUCAGUGCCAAAGAUGAAUGUAUUUCUCAUUAAAGCCCCGAGUGGUAGACUUUUA